AUGACACAAAGCGACAUAUUAAUGUUAGAAUUUGCUACACAUCCUUUUGUUUCACGUAGCCGAUUAAAAGAAGCACCACAACCUCGCUCGUUCAAACCAAUCAGAUGCCCUAUUUCAUGUGGAGCAACCGUAAAGAGAUCAUCAUUUAGCCCGUUCAAUUAUAAGCCGCGCGUCGUCCCGGAGAGAGGCGACGUGCCGUCACGUGAACAGCGACAUUAG